GGAGGUGGGGCCUGCGCAGAGCCCGGCAACUGGGCUGCGCGGCCCCAGCCGAUGACAGGGGUGGUGUCGGCCGGCUGUGGCCUCUCCCCGGGCCGCCAUUCCCGGGCCUUCCUGACCCCUCUGCGCAGCUCCCCUUCCUCCUGUCGCCGAGCGGAGCGGGGCCACCGGCCCGACAGGGCACCUCCCUGACCGAGCCCACGUCUCCCCACGGCCAGAGCGCACGGUCCCCAAACAGUACACCUGCCGGCGGUCCCAGCCCAACCCAGCGGGAGGAGUGGACAUGAGGUUGGCAGGCCCCCUCCGCAUUGUGGCCCUAGUCGUCACUGUGGGUCUCACCUGGAUCGUAGUCAGCAUCCUCCUGGGUGGGCCUGGCAGUGGCUUUCCUCGCAUCCAGCAACUCUUCACCAGCCCAGAGAGCUCAGUGACUGCAGAGCCACGGGCCAGGAAGUACAAGUGCGGUCUACCCCAGCCGUGUCCUGAGGAGCACCUGGCCUUCCGCAUGGUCAGCGGGGCUGCCAACGUCAUUGGGCCUAAGAUCUGCCUCGAGGACAAGAUGCUCAUGAGCAGUGUCAAGGACAAUGUGGGUCGUGGGCUGAACAUCGCCCUGGUGAAUGGGGUCAGCGGUGAGCUCAUUGAGGCCCGGGCCUUUGACAUGUGGGCCGGAGAUGUCAACGAUCUGUUGAAGUUUAUUCGGCCGCUGCACGAAGGCACUCUGGUGUUUGUGGCAUCCUACGACGACCCAGCCACCAAGAUGAAUGAAGAGACCAGAAAGCUUUUCAGCGAUCUGGGCAGCAGGAAUGCCAAGGAGCUGGCUUUCCGGGACAGCUGGGUGUUUGUGGGGGCCAAGGGCGUGCAAAACAAGAGCCCCUUUGAGCAGCAUGUGAAGAACAGUAAACACACCAACAAGUACGAAGGCUGGCCCGAGGCGCUGGAGAUGGAAGGCUGCAUCCCACGGAGGAGCACGGCCAGCUAGCACAGCGGGGUGCCAGGACCAGGCCCAGGGAGGCCCAGGCUGAGGGAGGCGCAUGCACUGCCCAGCGGGCGGCAGGUGGCGGCACCGGUGCAGGGCUGAGCCCCACACCCCACGCCCGGGUGGGAGCGCUCCCUUGCCCCAACACAGCAGGGCUCUGAGGUGGUGACCAGAGUGUGGCCUCAAAGUGGUGGGGGCUGUAGGGGCCGGCUCUGUCACACUUUGUCACAUGAGCCCAGGUGCCCAUCUCUUUCUUUUCCUUAAGCUGCUCCCCUUGGUCAGUCCCCACUCAGCCCUUUCCUCCUCUGUCCCUCAUGCCAUCUCCUUCCCAGUUCCCAAGUGUCCUAGCUGGAAGGGCCCUGGGUGCUCACCCUCUGUACAAGUCGGGUAGCUGCACCUGGCAGGUUGGGGCAUCUUCCAGAGCCUCUCCCAGAGCCACGCACUGCGCUGCAGGCUAAACCGGUUUCCAGUGUGAUUCCUUCUGGUGAGUCAAGCCUGCUGGCCACUCUGUGAGCCUGCCUGCCUCCUGCCUGGCACUCAGCAGGAAGGGGCCCCUUUGGAGCAGGCUAGCCUGGGGUGGUGGGGUAGCUGGAGCCUGAUCACAGUCCCUAACGCAGCGCGUGGUGGCUCCUGCAGUUUGUCAGAGGGCCCACCUUCUAGAUGACCUCUUAAUAAAUUGAUGGCCCCCAAUGGAAUAAAGUGCAUUCAGAUGUUGUCAUCA